AGAAUGGAUCUCUUCGACGAUCCAAGUAGCCCUCGCAUUGUGGCCACGCUCGAGCUGCCUGGCCUGAAGCAGAGCGACAUGUCCGUCCGCGUCGAGGACAACCAUCUCGUCCCCUCUACCUCGCCUGCCGCCUCCGAGCCACCCAACUUGCCACGGGGAUACACGAUGCAGCAGAUCAAAUACGGACUAUUCCGCAAGGUCAUAGGGCUUCCCGCGGGCAUCCAGACGGGCCACAUCAAGGCGUCGCUCGCCGAGGGCAUGCUUACUAUCUCGUGGCCACGCAAUCCCAGUGCCGAACCAUUGAGUGAUGAUGCGCCAGACACCGAUGUGUCACACGAUGUGUCCGCAGAGGGCGACCAGUGA